AUGGGCAUUGCCAUUGCCAUGUCCCAUGUCCCAUUCACCUCUCCUUGCCAUCCCAUCAGGCCAAAACCUGCCUCUCCCUCUCCCUCUCCCUCUCCCUCUCACGUUCCCUAUCCCUCCCCUCCAAACGCGGGACCUGCAAAAACCUGCUACACCGGUGUGAGCCACGAGCAUCACCCGUCCCCAAACUCGCACCUUCUCUCCCCCGUCCAGUCCGACUCCGACUCCCCUCCAACCCCCCACACCCACUCCCCCUCCCGAAACCCCCGUCCGCAUCCGCAUCACCAGCCUCCGGCCCCGGCCCCGGCCCAGAAACCAAAACCGAAAUCGAAAGCGUACCCGACAAACAAGACGAAGACGAAGCCGAGGCCCGAUCCAGCCAAAUCCCCUCCUCUCGCUCCUCAGCUUGCUCCUCCGCAAGCGACGAAUCGGACGACGACGACGACGGUGUCGUACUCCAGAGUAAACUCAGGCGAUUGCGACUGCGACUGCGACUGCGACUGCGACUGCGGUUGUAGAUGCGGGUGA